AUGCUAACAGAGAUGGGUUGCAUCGUACAGGAUCCACACACGCGAAAGUUCAUCCUGAUCCAAGACCAGAUCAACGUGAUGGAUCCGCUGCAGCAGCCCGUACCGGAGGCUCCUGCUGUCGCGGAGCCACAGCAGCUUCCUGUUGAAGAGCAGGCCCCUGUACCGGACGAGUCGCAACCUCGGCAGGCCGAACAACCCGAACAGCCCCAGAAACCGACUGUUGAGCAGCCGGCUGUCGUCAGUGUUAAUGUCGAAGAGCCUGUGGCAGAACGUCCCGUCAGCCGCACCGCCAUCGACCACGGCUACAACAGCGACUCCAAGGCUCACUAUCACUCCCGGUCGUCCGACUUCCACCACUCCGCACCUGAGUACAAUCCCCAGGAUGCCGAGUCGGCCGCUCGUCUCAAUUCUUCUCCCUCUCUGAACCAACAGCCUCAGCUUCAUACCUCGCGACCGGGCUCCGGCCUCUCUAGUGGGGCCGAGCGUCCCGGUCUCUCUCAGCCGCAGCCCUCAGAGGUUGCUCAGCGACAGGCCGGUCAGUCCGCCAAAAACAGUGUUGUCAUCAAGGUCGGCAUGGUCGGAGAUGCUCAGAUCGGUAAGACCAGUCUCAUGGUCAAGUAUGUGGAGGGCAGCUGGGACGAAGAUUACAUUCAAACCCUUGGUGUCAACUUUAUGGAGAAGACCAUUUCAAUCCGCAAUACCGAAAUCACCUUUUCCAUCUGGGAUCUUGGUGGUCAGCGCGAGUUCGUUAACAUGCUGCCGCUGGUCUGCAAUGACGCCGUUGCCAUCCUGUUCAUGUUCGACUUGACGCGAAAGAGCACGCUCAACUCUAUCAAGGAAUGGUACCGUCAGGGCCGAGGCUUUAACAAGACCGCUAUUCCUUUCUUGGUUGGCACUAAAUACGACCACUUUGUGAAUUUCCCUCGAGAGGACCAGGAGGAGAUUUCCCUCCAGGCCAAGCGAUUUGCCAAGGCGAUGAAGGCAAGCUUGAUCUUCAGCAGUACCAGCCACAGCAUCAAUGUGCAGAAGAUCUUCAAGAUUGUUUUGGCCAAGGCAUUCGACCUCAAAUGCACCAUCCCCGAAAUCGAAAACGUCGGUGAGCCACUGCUCCUGUACAAGAACGUCUAG